GAAGCGAAUGGGCCAUUUCUUGAUAAAACAGCCCUUUUAAAGAAGACUCAGCCCCGCUUAAAUGGGCGCUUGAAGAUGCUAGUCUAGUCGCGAGGAAAAAGCUUCCAUUCUCUCUCCAGGUCUCGUCGUACUUCUUCAUCGAUAGAUCGCGACCAACAAUCGGUAUCGAAAGAGCCGCUCUACCCCAUAACGAUGAUAUCCAGCUAAGGCUAAAUUCCAUCAGACGUCUUUCCACGAUUGGACGAGGAAGGAGCUGAUCCCUUUCCUAAGCGAGAACAACGACGACGAUGACGAGGUGCUGCUUGCGAUGGCUGAAGAGUUGGGAGUGUUUAUUCCUUACGUUGGAGGCGUUGAGCAUGCGAAUGUCCUGGGAGACUCUCUCGACGGUUGAGGAGACUUGUGUGAGGGAGAAAGCUGUAGAGUUGGGACGCAGAUGAGGGAGAGUGACUUGGUUGAUCAUUUCUUACCAUUGGUUAAGUUUAGACAACGAGGAGGAGGCUGAGUUAGUCUUCCUAGUGUUUUGGAGUAGGCUACCGAUUAUACGUCUGUAGUGGUUGGUCAAGGGUUGUCUGAUAUAAUUAGUUUUCUUGCUUUGUGGCUAUGUGUGUGAGCGUCCAUCUUACUCUCUUUAUGUUCAUUGGUUUCAGUAUUUUGUUUUUGAUGCUAUUACUUAGUUUUGUUAAGGUUACUGCGUUCCAAUCCAAUGUUCAAGAAACGGCUAGGCGGUGGUCAGGUGGCUUAUAGAGGAUUAAUGUUUAGGCUGGGGCUUUUUUUUGGCAAAUCGUUUCGUUCACACCGGGCGCGUAGACCAAUUUUUAGAACUCUGGAUCCUCCAGCAAAUUCAUUUUUAGUUGUUUGUUACCUUUCUCAAAGUAGUUGUCUUGGUUUGUGGUUGUGCGUGUGAUCGUCCAUCUUUUGUUCUCUUUACUAAAAACUUAGAAUAGUGUAUCGUUGAAACUGAAGAUUUGACUCCCUGUUUAACAGAGACUUGCAGCUGGGGAGUGGUUCACAGCCAGAGUUUCAGCUUGUGGGCUUUUCCAUAUUGCAUACCCAAGCGCCCCAGAUACGUUGAAGACCGAGUUAAGAUCAAUAUAUAGCCAGCUCUGUUCAGAUGAUAUGCCAAUGGUGCGGAGAGCUGCAGCAACCAACCUGGGAAAGUUUGCUGCUACUAUUGGAUCAGCGCAUUUGAAGACUGACAUUAUGUCUAUGUUUGAUGAUCUUACUCAAGAUGAUCAAGAUUCGGUUAGAUUAUUGGCCGUUGAGGGUUGUGCUGCUCUUGGGAAAUUGUUGGAGCCGCAGGAUUGUGUCGCACACAUUCUUCCCGUGAUUGUUAAUUUCUCUCAGGACAAGUCCUGGCGUGUGCGUUAUAUGGUUGCAAAUCAGCUCUAUGAGCUUUGCGAAGCUGUGGGACCUGAGCCUACUAGGACGGAGCUGGUGCCUGCAUAUGUGCGUCUACUCCGUGACAGUGAGGCUGAAGUACGCAUAGCAGCUGCUGGAAAAGUUACCAAGUUCUGUCGGAUCCUAAACCCUGAACUUGCUAUUCAGCACAUUCUCCCCUGUGUGAAGGAGCUAUCAUCUGACUCUUCUCAGCACGUCAGGUCUGCAUUGGCCUCAGUUAUAAUGGGAAUGGCUCCAGUCCUGGGUAAGGAUGCAACAAUUGAGCAUCUCCUUCCAAUCUUUCUUUCUCUCUUGAAAGAUGAGUUUCCAGAUGUACGCUUGAACAUUAUCAGCAAACUUGACCAAGUGAAUCAGGUUAUUGGGAUUGAUCUACUGUCACAGUCCUUGUUGCCAGCAAUUGUGGAACUUGCUGAAGAUAGACACUGGAGAGUAAGACUUGCUAUAAUCGAGUAUAUCCCUUUGUUAGCAAGUCAGUUAGGUGUUGGCUUCUUUGACGAUAAGCUUGGCGCUCUUUGCAUGCAAUGGUUACAAGACAAGGUUCACUCGAUCCGUGAUGCUGCUGCAAACAAUCUGAAGCGGCUUGCUGAGGAGUUUGGUCCUGAAUGGGCAAUGCAACAUAUAGUUCCUCAGGUUCUUGAGAUGAUUAACAACCCUCACUAUCUAUACAGUAUGACCAUUUUGCGUGCGGUUUCUCUUCUUGCACCAGUGAUGGGCUCAGAGAUCACAUGCUCUAAACUCUUGCCCGUGGUAAUCACUGCAUCUAAAGACAGAGUUCCAAACAUCAAAUUCAAUGUCGCUAAAGUGCUUCAGUCCCUCAUUCCAAUAGUGGAUCAAUCAGUUGUAGAGAAUAUGAUUCGUCCAGGGCUUGUGGAGCUAAGCGAGGAUCCAGAUGUUGAUGUAAGGUUUUUUGCAAACCAAGCUCUUCAAUCUAUUGAUAAUGUGAUGAUGUCUAGCUAAAGAAAACACACUUUUAGGUCUUGUCUGUCUCUGGCUGGUUUUCUGUUUGAUGCCAAAGUUGUGAAAUCUCGAGACUUUGUAUCGUAAGUAGUGAGAGAGAACUCUUGUGUUCUGUUUUUAUUACACGCUAAGUCUUGCAACUAGUGUGUUCACUUCUAAUUUUGUUUUGAAAACUUCUCCAGUUAAUGAACAUUUUUCGCAGUGUGUA